CAACGCUGCUGAGAGAGAGAGAGAGAGAGAGAGAGAGAGAGAGAGAGAGCUCAGGAGUCGGAAGUGAGGAUUCGUAGUCGCACCUCUAGAAUUUCGUCCCGAACCGAAAACGAUCAACAUCUGUUUUGGUUCAAUAUGGAGGUGCAUAUUCAGCCCAUAACAUGCCCCAUCACAAAUAUCGUCAUUUGGGAGCCUAAGAUUGAAGAAAAUGCUAAAAAGUUCUCAAGGUAUCUCUCAGAUUAUGAAGAGUUGCAGAUUCUUGGCGAAGGGUCCUAUGGGGUUGUAGCGCGCUGCAGGAACUUAUUAGACAACAAAGUCUAUGCGGCAAAGAAAAUUACUCUAGGGGUUCAUUCUUUGGACUUUGAGACCAUCCAACGCGAGGUUGACAUUGUAUCGGGAUUAAAACACCAAAAUGUGGUGCAAUACUACACCUCUUGGACUGAUCUGACUUUUGCUGGUGAGAAAAGUCAACUUGAGCUGGAAGAAGGCCGAAAUAUGGAUGAUGAUGGAAGUAACAGUUCCCUUGAAGAAGGACCUGGGAAUACGAACAAAGACAAAGAGAAGCAGCAACUUCCAUGCUUGUACAUUGUACAAGAAUGUUGUGAAAGAACUUUGAGUGAAGAGCUAUUGAAGAGGGGGGUUAACAUGACAUGGGAUGAGGCAUCGACUGUUUUCACAGACAUAACAAGAGGGUUGCUGUACAUCCAUGGAAACAAUAUAGUGCAUGGAGAUCUGAAUCCGUUAAAUAUACUGGUAAAGGACAACAAUUGGAAGAUAGGAGAUUUUGGGAUUGCACGAAAGCUGGUGGGUAAUUGUUUCGGGGAUGAGGAGAUAGAAGAAGCAUUGAAAGGUCGGACGUAUGAUGCCCCCGAAGAUAAAGUGGAUUUCAAGAGGGACAUUUUCAGUCUCGGUAUGAUUCUCGUGGAGCUGAUUGCACAACCAAGGACCCUGCAAAGAGGCCUUCGGCGGUAGAGGUUUUGGGUCAUAUCACUGUUUAGGACGCACAUGGACAUAACUGUUUUGUAGUUGUAUAGUGCUACUCCACACAUUCACUCACUCGUCCACAGCAUGCUGAAGUAGAUAUUCAAUGUCGUGAUAUCAAGGAGUUUCUUGUUAUUCAAAUGUUUCAUGUUUUGGUUAUAUACUUGAUUGGUUGGUUGAAAUUGAUCACAAUAUAUAGAAUGAAAUUGAUUGGUUGCA